AUGGACACCGGGAAUGAAGUGCUGGCCCCAGAGAGCUCUGAGAGCACUACCGAGGCUGCUGACCUAAUCACCAAUACACCACUGGAGGAGACACAGCAGUCCCUGCAGACUGGAGACAGCACUACAACAGCCAUAAACAGUGAGGCCAAGACCCAGCAGCCAGCUGCUGCCCCUGGUGCCAUCCUCAGUGCUGCAGACACCAAGCCUGUCUCUAUGGGCAGCAGCACAGACAGUGACAUCCCAGGCAGUCUCACAUACGCAGUGCCGGCCAUCAGGGAGAAGACGCUCAUAGCAAGGAAGGUUUUGGGGACAGUGAAAUGGUUCAAUGUAAAGAAGGGUUACGGUUUCAUCAACAGAAAUGACACCAAAGAAGACAUACUUAUACACAAGUCUGCCAUAAAGAAAUAUGCCACCAAGAAGUACCUUCGCAGUGUAGGAGACGGAGAGUCUGUGGAGUUUGAUAUUGUUGAAGGGGAAAAGGGUGCAGAGGCUGCAAAUGUUAUGGGCCCUGGUGGAGUGCCUGUUCAAGGCAGUAAACAUGCAUCAGAGCAUAACCAUUAUAGAUGCUAUCCAGGUCGUAGGGGUCGUCCACGUAAUUCCCAGAAAUAUUACGGGAAUAGCAAGAGUGGGGGAAAGAAGGAGCAAUCAGAAUGCACUCAUGAAGGCCAAGCUCAACAAGUGAGCAUCUUGUUGUAA